AGUUGAUAAGGAGCGUUCGGUGCCGCCUGGGCACUGUGGGAAAGACUGCUUUUCCACGUUUCUCUUCGGAAUCAAGAAGGAACGGAUUGCGGCGCGGCUCGCACGCCAUCGAAAAAAAAAAGCUCAAUAUUGUAGGUUCGCCUAGGAAAGUACCAUUGAUGAAAGAGUUCGCGGGAGGGCUCCAGGACUAGGUUCUGUAAGUUUCGGAUGAUGUUACCGCCUGUGUAUAAAAACAGGCAGCAUGAAAAAGCCUUCCUCUCGAGACAAGGGCGCCCCCAAGAGCCUCGGGGAGGCAUGGCCAUUAACAGAGGCCGCAUGGUUCAUGACCAACACAGCAGCCGCAUGCUCGGUCAACACCAUGAGCGGCCCAGUAAAGCGGGCGAUACGCCCGGAGCCGUGCCAACACGCGCUUGCAUCGAGCAGAGAAGUUGUGAGCUCAGGCUCCGGCAGGUGUGCCUGCUGAUUGAUAAGAGCGCAACGGGUCCACACUAUGGAGAGGCACGUCGGGUGCCUGGGCGCCUGUUCACGGGCACUGCUGCCUCACGGCCCGUCACCCGCGAAGCCAACAUAACAGCAGCCGCACAUACAUAUGGCCAGCCGACUGGGGCAACUGAGGCCACCCCCCAUGGAAGCGACGACGUGGCAACGGUGCCGCAGAGACCGAAAGGGUUGCACGAUCAACUACUGGCAGUUAGCCGAGGGGGAUCUGGAACGACGCUGGAGGAGUCAUACCUUCCCACUGUUGUGACUGCGACAGGUGAUAAAACGCCAAUCCUAGAUGAGGAGCCACAUGGGUGAAUGCCGAGCCAGAUCGCAGGUGCACUCGAUGUCAUCGCGUUGGUUCCCAAUUCGAGACAGGUCGGCCAUGGUUACCUGAUCUGCCUGCCUGGGUAGGUACGGUACCUACCUAGUAGGCACCUAGCCUGGACCUGAAAG